UGAUUGGCCACUGUAGGGAAUCCGAUACCUACAGCAAUAAUUCAACAGCUUUUCUGUACGUUGAUCUUCACAAAAUCCAUUAGUCCUGUAUAGACCUGACAUAAAUCCCGAUUGUCAGACAAAAAUAAAUCAAGUCCCUCCCACUACUUGUGCAUGAUGACGUGUGACGUGAUGAUGGUAAAGUAGUAGCCUAAGCCUGAGGUGGAGCGAAGGCAGAAUCUUUAGUGAAAGGACAGUGUGACAGAGAUGCUGUAUAGGCUACAAUAUGAUGUAAGAGUAAUUUAUGACAAUAAACUGUCACUAUUCAAGAUAUUUUCAGACUUACUCGAAGCCUCCAAAAUGACUUCAUGAAUGACUUGAAUCCUCGAAUUAUGUGGCUGUUGUUUACCAUGACGCGAUUUGCAUUUAUUUGCCUCCUAUGUGCUACGAUGAGUGGAGUAGGCCUAUCCUGUAGGAAUUCCAAGAUGGGCAUGCUUCCAAAGAACUCACAGAACAUAACAUGUGUUACACGCCUUAGGCCAUUUAUUGAGAAAGGCCUAACAUGUUGGUGGAACCCAUUGGGAAUCUCAACAAGCACGCUAUACUCAGUCACACUGACAAGACAACACAGUGCCAAACAUACGGAAAUAAACACUACGGACAACUGCUACUUUUUUCCAAGCCCAGGCAUGGGGUAUCAUGUAACAGUAUCAGUAGCAGCAAAUUCAUCUAAUGACACCUGGCAAAUCCAUAUUAACAACUUGUUUGACAUUGUGAAAUUUGACCCACCAGAUCGCGUAUGGGCCGAAGCCUACCCAGGAGGUAUCCGAGUUAACUGGGAAAAUGAGGAAAUGGUAAAAUCGCUGAAAAGGAACGUAAUAUGUGAUGUUCAGUACCGUCAAGAAGCCCCUCAUAUAAAGAAUGUAUGGAGUACCACAACUGGUUGGCAUAAAGGAAGCAAUACUAUGAAUGUUAUUAUGAAUAUUACUGAUGUGAAGCCAUGCUUCAAUUAUACUGCAUCAGUGCGUUGUUCUUUUGGAGAACAAAUGUCCCCAUGGAGUGAAUGGAGAAGCAGUACAACCUUCCUGCCACUUAGUGUAAACUCCAUUGCACUCCAUCUAUGGAGAAGGGUGCUGAAGCUGGAUGAGUUGGGCAGAAGGGUGGUUGAUCUCAUGUGGAAGGGCCCUCCUAUGUCCUGCCAUGCCAUUGAUGGGUAUAACAUUUUUGUUGAUUCUAACUUCACUGGGUAUUUAGAGCCUACCCAGAACCAGACCUCAAUUGUGCUCUCUGCCACAACCCAUCGAGUGAUGAUUGCUGCAUAUAAAAAUGAAGCCAUGCUUUGUAAUGACUCAGUGGUGAUUCCUGGUGUUGCUGAGUGUGGUCCUCCUGUUCAUUUGGCCCAGGCGACCGCCGGUAAUGGCCAAAUCUUGGUGUCGUGGGAAACACUGCUAUAUAAUGUUAGCAGCUACAUGGUUGUGUGGUACACAAACCGAAGCAUCUACAUGUGGCUGCAAACUCAAGACACAAACCUCUUGUUUCCUGGUGUGCCACAGGAACUUUACACUGUCAUUGUUACUCCACUUUACAAUGACACUCCAGGAAAUGACAGCACCCUUUACAUUUACACAGAGGAAGGGGACCCUGCUAAGGUCACUGGCGUGGAGGUUACUGAUGUGGAUGACACAUGGGCAAAAGUGGGGUGGGAUACUGUCCCUCCUGACCACUGUUGUGGCUUUGUGCUUAACUACACCGUGCUCUACAAGGCUACUGACACACAGCAGCCAGAGCUUAAUGUUACAGUGAACAACAGGAUAGAUCAGCCUGGCAGACGGCACUCUGUAAUACUCAAAGACCUCCAACCCGGCACAGCAUACAGUGUGUAUGUGGUGGCUUCCUCCAUUGCCGGAUCCAGUGAAAGCAAUUCUUAUGGCUUCACAACAAGACAAUUUGGGCGAGUCUUCAUUAUGGUACUGGUGAGGACUGGAUUUGGAGGGCUCUUACUGCUGAUCACUGCAUUGUCCAUCUUCAUUCUGCUGUGGAAGAUGAGGUUUCAUAAGGUGCCAAACCCACGACUCAGCACUGUGGGCCAGUGGACCGGGCAGGACUCUAAAAUGUAUUCCAGUCCCUGGGGAACCAGUCACCAGCCAUUACAGAGCAUGCCAUGUGAUAUCUCAACCCUGGAGGCUAUCUUACCUCUUCAUUUCUACCCUGGAGAAACCCACCAGUUCAGCCCACGGGUGUGCACAGACCUGUCUCAGGACAAGGAGAGUGUCACGCCUGGUCGCAGCACCAGAGUAACUGACACACCUGAUCCUACUGACACGCCCUCCAACAGAGCCGAGACCAAUGCUGGUUUCGAGGACAAGCCAUUGUUAGGAAGGCAUUCUGAUGAGCCAUGCCUGGAGCAGACUUUACCUUAUAUCUCCGUGAAGACAGGCCAAACACUGGCCUGUACUGUGGAGACACAAGGUUCCUCUUUACAGACUAAAUCUUCUGAACUGGAACCUGGGGAACAUGGUGAGCCAGGCCUGGAGCAGAUUCUAGAUUAUAUCUCCAUGGAGACGGGCCAAACAUCGGCCCAUACUGUGGUGACCCAAGGUUCCACUUUACAGACUAAAUCUGCUGAAUGGGAACCUGGGGAACAAAGCACUGUAACCACGGCUCUGUCCUACAUCACCGUGGAUCAGUGCCAUCCAUCCACCAAAUAAGACGUCUUUGAUGUAAAAAAAAUAUAUACAUGUAUAUAUAUUAAAUAAAUAUAAUGAGUUACCAGGAAAGAAGUCAAGUUCAUCCACACCAAACUCUGCCAUCUAUGUCUUUAUGGACCUUGCUUUGUGCACUGGUGCACAGUCAUGUUGGAACAGGAAGACUGUUCCCACUAAGUUGGGAGCAUGGAAUUGUCCAAAAUCUCUUGGUAUGCUGAAGCAUUCAGAGUUCCUUUCACUGGAUGCAGUGAGCAGCCUGCAACAACAGCGGCGCUCGGGGAGCAGUGAGGGGUUAGGUGCCUUGCUCGGAUUCGAACCGGCAACCCUCCGGUUACAAGUCCGAAGCACUAACCAGUAGGCCACGGCUGCCCACUAGAACACCUUUGGGAUGAAUUAGAGUGGAGAUUGAGACCCAGGCCUUCUCGUCCAACAUCAGUGUGUGACCUCACAAAUGCGCUUCUGGAAGAAUGGUCAAAAAUUCCCAUAAACACACUCCUAAACCUUGUGGAAAGCUUUCCCAGAAGAGUUGACACCGCUAUAGCUGCAAAGGGUGGACAGACGUCAUAUUAAACCCUAUGGAUUAAGAAUGGGAUGUCACUUAAGUUCAUAUGUGAGUCAGGGCAGGUGACACAAUACUUUUGGCAAUAUAGUGUAUGUAACAUUUGUGUGCAUGUAUGUUUCUAUAGUGUGUGCAUGUAUGACUCCAGGACGUUUAAAAAACAUUCUUGCUGUGGUUCAUGGUGUAUUUUGAAGUAUCAGACCUUUAUCCUGUUAUCUGAAGCUAGCGACUUUUAGGCUUCAGUUUCUUGACUUGACUUAACCACAUUCGCAUGCAGAAUGUGCUGAUAUUUAGUGGAAAUCAUUCUUGCCUCAGACUCCUGUGCCACUGGCUGCUGGCAGUCCCAAAGCAGAAUAAAUAAAACUGCAAUCAGAGCUGCUGCAAAUGAAUUGUUUAAUGGAAUACUCUCCAGACAUACCUUUAGGUAGUAAAGAAGGGUAGGACCUAUACCACGAGGGGAAAUUAGAGUGGAAUGUUGAGCCUAGAGCCAGAUGUGCAUUCAAAUUUGACAAACAGGCAAAUGAUCCUAGCAGGCUUUUCUUUGAACCUAUAAA